AUGGCUCCCAUUAUUCACUGCGUCCGCCACGCCCAAGGCCUGCACAACGUUUGCACCGCCAACCACAUUAUCCAAGACCCCGUUCUCACCGAGCUUGGCCACGAACAAUGCCGAAAGCUCCGCGAGAGUUUCCCCCGCCAUGCCAAUAUCGACCUGGUAACCGCCUCGCCCCUCCGUCGCACCAUCUAUACUGCGCUCGAGAGCUUUGCGCCCGUCUUUGAAUCAAAGCCGGACUUGAAGAUUAUCGCCCUGCCAGACAUUCAGGAGACUUCGGACGUUCCGUGUGAUACCGGCAGCGACCCUUCUGUUCUGAAGGAGGAGUUCAAGACGGGGGUUGAUCUGGAUCUUGUACAAGAUGGGUGGAAUAACAAGGCAUCUGGUCGCUACGCCCCAACCAACAAAGCCCUCAAGGAACGCGCCCGUGCAGCCCGUCGCUGGCUGAAAGCCCGCCCGGAGAAGGAAAUUGUCAUGGUUACACACGGCGGCUUCCUGCACUAUUUCACUGAAGACUGGGAAGACAGCAGCCAAUUCCAGGGCACCGGCUGGUCUAACACCGAGUACCGCACUUUCGCUUUCAGCGGGGAAGCACACACAGAUGAUCUGGAGGGAUACCCGCUGGACGGUGAUAAUGCCUCACUUGAGGAGACACUUGAAUCACGGCAGCGCCGGGGUAAGACUGGACCCAUGCCUAGUCGGGAGGAACAGAAGACGCUGUAUAAGAAGGGCUACCAGGGUUGGGAUGACCAGGGAUUGCAGAUGAGCACUGCUGAUCGGGAGGCGGCUAAGGCCACUGGAGGUGAGGAGGUCGAUGGGGUCCGCAUAUAA